AUGACGAUCUACUACACUCUUACAUUCUUACUUCUUGCCGCCGAGAUGACGACGUUUUGUUUGCUUGUUAUGCCAUUGCCCUUUACUGCGAGGCAGAAACUGUUCAGGUUUCUGAGUACCAGUGUUAUUGUGGCAAAGAUUGCAUACGCACUCAAGAUAUCAUUCAUAUUUAUAGCGGUGUUAUUUGUUGACGCCGUGCAACGUAUGUUGCGUGUGUCCGCAGAGGGACAACAAGCGAAACAAGCUGCGGGAGCGACAGACGUUCGAACAGAAACAAAUUAUGCGGCUAAGAAGUUCUACACCCAACGUAACAUGUACCUUACCGGCUUCACAUUAUUCCUCUCCCUCAUUCUCACUCGCACGUAUUACAUCCUUCUUGAUCUUAUUCACUCCCAAGAGCAAUACGCCGAGCUCAAGAAGAAAACCGAAGGAAGCCCUCCUACCAAGGAUCAGGCAGCAGAGAUUGCUGAGCUAAAGAAGAAACUUGCGGCGAGCGAGGCUCAGUCCCGUGACUUUGAAACUUUGAAGAAACAAGCCAAACAACAGGCCGUCGAGUAUGAUCGCCUUGCAACCGAGUUGAACAAGGCUACCGGUCAGGUCUCGAACAAGAAGUCUGAUUAA